AUCCCCUCCCUCCUCCUCCUGGGAACUUAGUAGGGUGCCGAGGUGGAGACCGGGAGCAUCUGCUUUGGGGCGGAGAGUCACAUGAGGCAUCCGGGUGCCCGGGGAGGAGGCGAUCUGCUGCUACCCCGGAGCAGCCGACGUGCGUCGCCGCAGAGCCGAAUUGAGGGUGGCGCGGAGUGCAAUUGUUGUGAGUCUGAUGGUGCAGGUGUGUGAUCUCAGCUACUCCAGAAAGAAGCUGCUUCAGGAAGUUUGAAAGUUCAAAGCCUGCGUUUAAAGCCAGCCUUGAUAGUGAAUUCCUAAAAGAAAAUAAUGAAUCGCAGAUUAGUUUUUCUCUAAGUGGACUCAAGGUGUACAAGGUUUGUUGCCAAGGCAAAAGAAGAUGGCAACUCCUUAUGUCCCAGUUCCUGUACCAAUAGGAAACUCUGCUUCCAGUUUUUCCACCAACAGAAAUCAAAGAAGUUCUUCUUUUGGCAGUAUCUCAACAAGCUCAAACUCAUCCAAAGGCCAGCCAGAAGACUCAGCUCUGGGUAAUUUUAAGCAGACGAAUGUUCAGGAUCAGGCAAAUAGUACUUCAUCUGUCUGCAGCAGUCCUCUCAUCAGGACUAAAUUUACAGGAACAGAUUCCUCCAUUGAGUAUUCUACUAGAGCAAGAGACACUGAAGAACACAGUGCUGAAACAGUGAACUGGGAGGAGAGACCAUCCACCCCUACAAUACUGGGUUAUGAAGUUAUGGAAGAAAGAGCCAAAUUUACUGUAUAUAAAAUACUAGUAAAGAAAAACCCAGAAGAAAGCUGGGUAGUUUUCAGAAGAUACACUGACUUCUCUAGACUUAAUGACAAGUUAAAAGAGAUGUUUCCAGGCUUUCGAUUAGCACUCCCUCCAAAACGCUGGUUUAAAGAUAAUUACAACACGGACUUUUUAGAAGAUAGACAAUUAGGAUUACAGGCGUUUCUUCAAAAUUUAGUAGCUCACAAAGACAUUGCCAACUGCCUUGCAGUGAGAGAAUUUCUUUGUCUGGAUGAUCCACCAGGUCCAUUUGAUAGCCUAGAAGAAAGCAGGGCUUUCUGUGAAACUUUAGAAGAGACUAACUACCAUUUACAGAGAGAACUACUUGAAAAGCAAAGGGAGGUGGAAUCCCUGAAGAAACUGCUCAGUGAAAAGCAGCUUCACAUAGAUGCGUUAGAGAACAGAAUCAGAACAUUGUCCUUAGAACCUGAAGAGUUACUGUAUGUGUCAGGAACAGAAGGUAGACAGAUCCUACAGGUUAAGUCCUCUGUACUUGAGGUCCAUCGAGAUGUCUUGGAUGAAGAAUCUAGAGCUGAUAAUAAACGACACUUCAACACAGGUGAAAGUGCAGUAGCAGACAUAGAAGUUGCAGAACUGGCAUAUAGUGCCGAAGAUGACUAAUAGAGCAGCCACAACAGUUCCUUUGGUUUCAGAAUUUCAGCACAUUUGCAGCAGAGUGGCAAAUCCUAUUUUCAAAGACUGAAACACAGAAAAGAGCAAGAAUGCACAUGUAUAAAGUUUACAUAAAGUUUUUUUUAAUUAUUAGAACAGGAAACAUUCACUGCUGCUUUUAAUUGUCUUUUAUCCAGCAUUAUAUUUAAUACACUGAAUAAAGAAAACUAGUUAGAAUUGUUAUCAAAUUCCACAUUCUUAAAUGCUAUAUAUAAGUUAUUACAGUGUCUUGCUCUAUAGUACUCCAAAUUAGUGUGUGUGUCUUGUCUGCCUUAAAUCACCAGUUAUAUGCAGUGAAAAUAAUUGCAUGUUGCUAUCUGGGUAAUACAUACUUCUCUGUAACUCUGUUAUGACAGAUUUUCAUAAAUGAUUUAAAUCAGUGAACACCACAGUGAAGAUAAAGAUGAGUCCAGUUUAAAAGUUGCUAUGUUCACCAUCUCUGAAUAAAAAUUACUUGAAAUGUUAAUACUUAAAAGAUGACUUUCUAGAACCAAAGAUAAUGUGUUUUGAAGAGCUGUUAUCAUAUAGCAAAGUGACAAAAUGGCCUUGAUUUCAACACUGAUUAAUUAAUAUCAAAAUACUUGCUUUAGGGCUGGAGAGAUGGCUCAGCAAUAAAGAGUACUGGCUGCUCUUACAGAGGACCUGGGUUCGAUUCCCACUACCUGCAUGGUGGCUAAGAACCGCCUAUCUAAACUCCAUUUCCAGGGGAUC